AUGGCAAACGCUCUUCUGGCAUUGGACGUAGAUGUCCAGCUGAUGAUUCUGGAAGUGCUGAGCAAGAGUUCCCCUAAAACCCUGCUGAAUGUUGCGCUGAGCUCUAGAUCAUUGUUCCAAUUUUCAAGGAGCUUCAUUUACCGUGUCAUUCAUUUCACGUUCAAUCGCAGCAGGCGAGAUGUCAACAGACGACUUGUCAAACAGCUGUUGACUGACGACGGUUUGAGCGCCAAAGUUCGGGAGAUACGUAUCCUUUGGGCUCCAUCCGCCAAACUGCAACCCGGGGAAGGUAGCAAGGAGGACCUUGAACUGCUCGGUCGAGCUUUACCAAGAUUGACUGGGCUGAAGACAUUCAUCUGGGACGCCCAGUACCCUAUACUGUCCUGGCUCCUAAAGACCCUCCAAACACACCAUCCGCAAUGCUUGUUAUAUACCCGUCAUCCCGGGAGUCAGGAUUCGGCCCAGACUCUGCCACGCCUAUGCGCCUCACCUUGUCUUUUCUCUUUAGACGUAACACUUACAAGUGGACAGUAUCAAGCUUUCAAAGAACUUAAGAAGGUACUCUCCUCUGCUCCAAAUUUGCGCGACCUUACGAUCGCGUCCGCUUUCAACAUUCCUCACGUUUCACCAGACGAGGUGCAAGGGGAGCCCCAAAUCCUUCUGCUUAGAUCUCUUGAGCUUUACGGCCCCAUUUUCGGCCUCGUCAAACUCCCAAUCGCUUGGCAAAUGUUGGAAAGACUGUCCUUGGACAGUGUGUCUUACCUUCCAACGUUCAUGCCGGACUUUGCUGGGCUCAAAUCACUUCGGUUGCGAGCCGGAGACUCUGGUGGUAACAGUGAGCCUUUGGGUAUUGUUUUGCAAGAAUGUAAAAAGCUUGAAGUCCUGGACUUGACUGGAUUCACCUCCUGUAUCCGGAUAAGCGAGGAAGGCUUGUGGGAAAACGCUGGGAAGACAUUGAUCAAGCUGAGGCUGCAUGAAGACGAAAAUGUAGGCAGAGGGGGUGAAAGACUUGUUUUAUCCUUCGGGGACAUGGGACGCAUAACAAAGUAUUGCCGCAACCUGCGUAGCCUCGGUCUUGAUAUUCAAUGUAACGGGCAAGAGUGGCUCAACAUCUUGAUCGAAAAUCCCCAACAUGACAACCCUACUUCUCCCAAGGCAACAGAAGACAGCGUCCCAGGAAUUUGGCAAUACCUAUGGCAGGAGAUCCACAAUUCUCGGGUUCGCAGAGGCCAUCCGGUCCCCACACCCCGCCUCCGAUCCCUCGAUCUCAUCGCCGGCUCCAAAAGUCCAGCAGCCUCUCGUCUAUAUUCCCUGGACACCUUGCGAGCAGACCAGCAACGCUUCACCUUCGAUCUCUCCGACCGCGACGACGAGGCCCGUCUCGGCGUCGCCCACGUCCACUGCGCCGAGCUCAAAGCGCUCCGUUCCAAACUGUCCUCGGCAGACCCUCUCUGGACCCAUCAGCAAGAACUCAUCAUGAACACCGCGACCGAAAGAGCGACCAAGGGCCCUCAUAUCCGGAUGCCGUUCGUCAUGGACGGCGAAAUGGUCCGCCCGUCACCCUUCUGGGAUCGGCUCGACGAUGACAGGUUUUACCACCGGUGA